AUGAGCGAUGCCAAACUCUUCGGUAAGUGCAAGUCCCAGGAGCUUCGGGCUGAGCUAGAGCAGGCCAAAAAGAAACUGAAGCCGCAAGCAAAAGUCAAACUUGUGCUCAAAAAGGCCAUUUCCAACAUCAUCCUCCAUAACAACGAACUAGCCCACUUGCUUGAGGAUGUCUCGGCACUUAUGACCAUCGACGACUUUGAGGUCCGCUCGUUGUGUUCCCAAUUCAUUGCUCACUAUGCUCCAUUGGAUCCCAACAGGGCUCAGACUGCUUUGAAGUUCUAUGAACGAUUUGGAGAUGACCAGAGUGCCAACAUCCGUGCAUUAGCUGUCAAGACAGUUGCCCUGGUGAAUGUUCCAGAAUGGAUCCAGCUCGGCUUACCAAUGUCAAAGCGUCUAUUGCUUGAUACGACGCCACAUGUUCGUACCUCGGCAGCAUUUGCGGUGGCCAGGUUAUACCAGCACGAUGAAGAGCGAACCACAAAAUACGGGCUUAUUGACGACUUGAACGAGCUCUUAUACGACGAGAAUCAGGUCGUUGUGGCCAAUGCUCUAGCAGCUUUGAGCUCAAUAACAGAGUCUAACAAAUCGCUUCAGUUGACGAUAGACAAGAACCACUCUGUCGCUUUGGUCGAUGGCAUCAGCUCAGCCAACGAAUGGCGAACAGUAUACCUCCUUGAUGCAUUAAUGUCUUUCGUGCCGCAGGAUUCCAAAGAUGCUUUGUCUCUUAUAGAGGUGGUACUUUCAUGCUUGGUUCACUCCAACUCUGCAGUGGUGCUCAAUGCGGUCAAGGUGAUCGUGUACCUCAGUAACUACGUCGAAGGUCCAGAGGUUGUGAUUCCAGGAUUGGCCAAGCGUAUUGGCUCAUCACUCGUCUCGUUGCUCUCGAAACCACCCGAGAUCCAAUUUUUGGUCCUCCGUAAUGUGAUUCUCCUCCUUCUCGGCAAACGUUACCUCCUCGACGUUGAGGUGGAACAAUUUUUUUGGAAAUAUGACGAUCCCAUCUAUGUCAGAGACACAAAGCUUGAGAUAAUCUAUCUUCUAGCGGACGAAUACAAUGUCGGAGUCGUAUUCCGUGAACUUGAGGAGUAUGCGACAGAAAUCGAUGCUAAUAUGUCAAGAAAGGCUAUUAGAGCGUUCGGCAAUCUUGCAAUCAAGCUUGAAGUCACAGCUCAACAAAGCGUGGACACACUCAUCGACUUGUUAUCAGAUAAUGUGCCUCACAUUGUCCAAGAAUGCAUAGUUGUUUUAAAGAACGUCCUUCGAAAAUAUCCUGGACGAUUCGACUAUGCUAUCGGUCCAGCUGUCCGCAACUAUGAGAUAAUCGAGGAAAGAGAUGCCAAGGCUUCGAUUUGUUGGAUCGUUGGUCAGUACUCAGAGCAAAUUCCUGACGCUCAAAAGAUUAUCACUUCAUUUGUUCUGUCCUUCAACGACAGCCCUUUGGAAGUACAAUAUGUUAUUUUGACAGCUGUGGUGAAGUACUACGUGAAGUUCCCGGUACAGGGAGAAGGGCCGCUUCUCAAAGUUUUGAAAAAGGCUACUGAGGUUUCCGACAAUCCAGAUGUUCGAGACCGUGGCUUCUUCUACUGGAGAAUGAUAACCAAUCCUGAAAAUGCGGGCACAGAUGGUGACUUCCAGAAAAAGACAAAAGAAAUCGUCAUUGACCCCGAGCCAUUAAUCAGCUCGGAGAAUGAAAACAUUGACCCAACAAUUCUUGAAGAAUUGGAGCUCAAUAUCGGUACACUUGUGUCCGUCUACCUCAAAUCUGUCGAGCAUGCCGUCAUCAAGGCCAUCUAUCCGCCAACACCAUCUGCAAUCAAGUGUUCCACGUGA